AUGCCGAAGCCCGGCUUCUCGUCAAAAUUUAGCAAACCAAAGUACGGCAUCGCUGCAUCUCUUUGCAAGAAAGAAGCCACCAAGCCGGUCGUGAGCAAAGCUGCUUCUGGUCAGUCAUGUUCUUCGCGCUUUUGUUUCCAGCCGCCGAAAAAGCUCGCUUCUCGCCCAGCAACGGCUCUUUCGAAGCCGACAGCGAUGAAAUCAAGAACAGAAACAGCUGCUCGAGGUCGGCCAACAGUCGCGACGAAGACGACGACAAAAUCAGCAACUGUCAGCGCGCCAAAACGUCCAGUCUGUGCUCGUCCCGCUUUUGGAUCUAGCGCGAAACCGGCAAAACCAGUUCUUACUUUUUGA